GUGUUCUUGGUUUACAUAUCACUUUCUCACAUCUCAUAAUCAUUUAAUUUGGCUCUGAAGUACUUAACAUUUUGAUUUGUGUUGUUUUGGAUAAUCCUUGUUUUUUCGUUUGACUUUUGAAAUGAUGAGCUAUAUUUCGAGAAAUUCUUCUUUAGCAAGAAUCUUAAACUCUGUACGUUUUAUAAACACUUCAAGUUCGAAGUCACCUGUUGAAAACGAUGAUUUGACAAUUGUUUCUGAAAACGAUGGAGUUCGAGAAAUUCAGCUUAACAGACCGAAAACAAGGAACCCUCUUUCCAUGGCAAUGAUGGAAUCGAUUCUUAAUGGAAUAACUAAAAACGUAAGUGAUGAAGCACUGCGUUGUAUUGUCAUUUCAUCAACUGGUCCCGUUUAUUCCGCUGGUCAUAAUUUAAAUGAAUUGAAACCUGAAAAAGGUCCUGAUUGUCAACGUGAAGUCUUCGAUAAAUGUGCAGAGUUGAUUCAUAAAAUACAAAAAGCUCCUGUGCCAAUCAUAGCUAAAGUCGAUGGCUUAGCGGCUGCAGCAGGUUGUCAAUUUGUUGCAUCUUGUGAUUUGCUAAUUUGCACAGAAAGAAGUUCUUUUUCUACCCCAGCAGCUAAUUUCGGUAUUUUUUGUCACACUCCAGCAGUAGCAAUAUCUCGGGUUAUGCCUCGAAUGAAGUCAUCUUAUAUGCUUUUUACAGGAUUUCCGAUAAGUGCCAAAGACGCUUAUAUAUCAGGUCUGGUGAGUGAAGUAUGCGAAAAUGAUAAGCUAGAUGAAGAAGUCAACAAGAUAUGCGAUUCAAUUAAAAGCAAAAGUCGGCCAGUAAUACAACUUGGUAAAGAGUUUUAUUAUAACCAGAUGGGGCUUAAUUUAUCUGAUGCUUAUGUUAAAGCUUCUGAGGUCAUGGUGAAAAACCUUGGUCUAAACGAUGGGAAAGAGGGACUUAAUAGCUUUUUGGAGAAGAGGAAACCAAAAUGGAGCCAUUCCUAGUCGAAAAAUUUGACCUACUUGCUAAAUCUACAGAAAAUGCAUUUGGUUGUGGUGAUAUUUUAUAUGAAUAUACAUAAUUAAAUUUAAACUUUCA